AUGGAGACUUCUCAAACAUCCCACCCAGUGGAUAAUGCAGUUUCAGAGAAUAAUCCUCCUCAGGCUGGUUCCCAAAACAGGGUGGCCAUAGAUAAUGUCAUGAAUUCAAGAACAACGGUCCGGCACUCAGAUCUCUCCCUCCAAAUUCCUCCUACACCCUUAGGUUUUGGUGGUAGCCGCAGUGGUAAGGGGAUAAUCCAGUCUCCAGGUAUCUUGAAUGGAAAUUCAUCAUCCGGAGGCUUAUUUCGUGGUUUGAGCUUCAAGAAGAAAGCUGCUGCAUCUGAUGGUGAAAGAAGCUCUCUUCUUCUCAAUCCAGACCCUAAAACAGCUCUUGAAAGUCCU